AUGCUUCAAACUGGCAGCGUGGAAAAUGCAACUGCCGAUUCGCCACAAAAUAAUGCAGAACGAAACGACAUAGCGAGAAACGAUGAAGAACAUGCCCGCUCGGAGGCGACUUUUCGCUUUACAGUGCAAAAUAUAAGUCAACUGAAAGAGCAAGUGCUCUCACCUCCCUGUUAUGUGAGAUGUCUGCCGUGGAAGAUACUCAUUCUCAUACGAAACACCUCGACUCCAGACCACCAGCAGCAAAAGGCUCUUGGGAUAUUCCUUCAAUGCAACGAUGGGAGCGAAGCGCCAGGCUGGUCUUGCUAUGGGAUGGGUGAAUUGAAACUACUCUCACACAAAACUGACGGUGAACACCUUUGUCGGAAACUCCACCACAUGUAUCACUGCAAAGAAAACGAUUGGGGCUUUGCACAUUUCAUUUCCUGGAAAGACUUGAUGAACCCCGAUGAUGGUUUCGUUAACGAAGAUGAUGAUUCCAUCACAAUUGAAGCGCACGUCAUCGCUGAAGCUCCUCACGGAGUUUCUUGGGAUUCUAAGAAACACACUGGAUAUGUAGGUCUUAAAAACCAAGGCGCAACAUGCUACAUGAACUCCCUCCUGCAAACACUUUUCUUUACAAAUGUUUUACGGAAAGCCGUUUACAAGAUCCCAACGAGCGGAGAAGAUAGUUCUUGCUCAGUUGCGUUUGCACUGCAACGAGUAUUUUUUGAUCUCCAGUUUUCCGAUAAACCUGUAGCUACUAAAAAGUUGACGAAAAGUUUUGGCUGGGAAACGCUCGACUCGUUUAUGCAACACGAUGUUCAGGAGUUUCUGCGAGUUUUACUGGAUAGAUUAGAAAAUAAGAUGAAACUCACUGUCGUCGAAGGUACAGUCCCGAAACUGUUUGAAGGAAAAAUGACGUCUUAUAUAAAGUGCAAGAAUGUUAACUGCACGAGUACCCGCGUCGAAACUUUCUACGAUAUUCAACUUAGCGUUAAAGGGAAAAAGAACAUUUAUGAAUCGUUCAAAGACUACAUCAGUACGGAGCUGUUAGACGGUGACAACAAAUAUGAUGCCGGUGAGCACGGGCUACAGGAGGCUGAGAAAGGAGUACGCUUCGACCUGUUCCCUCCGAUACUGCAUCUACACCUGCUGAGGUUUCAGUACGACCCACAAAGCGAUGCUUCUGUUAAAUACAAUGAUAGAUUUGAAUUUUACGAAGAAAUAAACCUAGACGAAUACUGUCAAGAGAUACCCCAAUCUCCAGCACAUUACACACUACACGCAGUUCUUGUGCAUUCUGGAGACAACCACGGGGGACACUACGUGGUAUUCAUCAACCCAAAAGGGGACGGAAAGUGGUGUAAGUUCGACGACGACGUUGUCUCACGCUGCAGUAAACAAGAAGCAAUUGAAUACAACUUUGGAGGCAAGGAAGAUGUACCCUAUCUUGCUCGACGAGCAACAAGCGCCUAUAUGCUUAUAUACAUACAAACGUCCCAGCUGAAGUACGUUCUACAGGACGUCACAGAGAACGACAUACCGUCGGACCUGUGCGAGCGGAUCAACGCCGAGAUGCGAUACGAGAUGGUAAGAACAUGCGGCAGAAAAAUAAGGUGCAGAAGACUUAAAUCGGAUACAUCCGUAUCCUCGUCUAAGUACUACGCGAAGAUUUUCAACGCUGUAAAACAGUUCUUCACUUUGCAGGCCUUAGCCGGUUUCAAAUACAAAGCAAGAUAAAAAAAGAUAUGAUAACUUUUCGAUUACCUUUUAUUUGUCAAU